AGUACGAGUGACGGUCCACGAUGGGAAAAAAUCACGAUGAAGCCGAACUACCUAUAUUGGGUCAGAUGCGACGUCAGCUGAAACGAGGCCUUCGCCGAUAUCUCUACACUGCUGCUGCGAUUCUGUUACUCAUCUUAAUGUAUCGAUGGUUGAUACGAAAGUCUGAUGGUCGGUCUAUCUACGGGUAUAAGGCCGAGCUGAUGACCCCAAAAGCAUCAGAACCGAAAUUGAAUAGCGUCAAACUCGACAUCUACCUCGCGUCACAAUGUCCCGAUACCACAAGAUUCAUCCGCACACAAUUGAUGAAGGCAUGGUCAUUGUUAUCACACACACAUAGGGUAGAACUGACACUGGUUCCGUUUGGAAAAGCUCGCUGUGUAUCGAGAGGGGAAGAUUUUGAGUGUUCUUGUCAACACGGAGCGAAUGAGUGCAUACUCAAUCAACUUAUGAACUGUGUUAUCGACCGAAUCGGAUUUCCAGAGAAGACUGUUCCAAUCGUGAACUGUAUUCAAGGGAGAUGGUCUUUUGAUGAUGCCAUGAGCUCCUGUAUCGAUAGCAACCCUUUACUAAACCAUCAUCAAAUGCGUGACUGCGCCACUGGCGCGCGUGGUCGUCGUCUACUUGCGCUUGCCGGAGCGCAGACAGCAGCGCUUCGCCCAUCACUUGACUUCGUGCCGUGGGUAAUGAUCAAUGAUGCUGAACUAGAGAGCGCGAAAAUUGUAAAGAAACGGAAGUCUUCCAAAGCGAACGCUGAUGCUGUCUCAAGAGAAAGUGUUGCUUCCGCCAGUCCUCUUGUGGCUCCUCGCCGUGUAGAUAAGGCUCCCAAACUUACCGUUUCCAGCCUAUCAGAAGACGCCAAAUCUGUGGAAUUUCACUAUACAAAUCUGCCAAAAUCCCUUCGUGAGAUACUCAAGAAGGAUCAGGAUGCUGUUUUGCAGCGACGACUUUUGGCUAAACUACCAGUUGUAUAUCCUAUUGACUUUCUCUCUACUUUCGACAUGGAGCUUGAGUGGGCUGGAGACAAAUUAACAGUUUCCCACGGAGAUGAAAUCAGCUCUAGUCGUGUGAGUGCACUCAUACGAUCCUGUCAAAUGAUCACUGAUUACUUCAACAUGAUUUUCGGGAAUUUGUUACUGUAUCACCCCGAGAGAGAUCAGUACCAGUCUGAGCUUUUACGUCUCCGGCUUACUCUCAGUGGAGAUGGCGGAUCACGCAGGCGUCCGUAUUUUGGUUAUUUAAUUGCUUUGCCGCAAAUUUACCCGCGGACUCCGGAAACAUCUUGCUCUGAAAGUGAUGUCAUCGGAUUUCGUCUCGUUUGUCGAAGAGAACCGGGAGAAGUAUUUUAA